AUGGCAAAGGGCCAGGACACGGCGGCCCAACCGCAACGCCGACGACAAUGGAAACUACCCGCCUGGUUGAACCACUUUAAUCUUCAUGAUGGGAAAAUCGUCCUCCGGUGCUGGGUCGCCGCCUGGGUCGGCUCACUGCUCAUGUUCAUCCAACCAACCCUCACCAACAUGGGACUGGCGGCAUUCUUCGCCCUCCUGGUUCUAGUUGCUGUGCCUCCAGCGAGCAUUCUCCUAGUCUAUCUACUGGCGUCGCUGUCUCUCCUCCUAGGCAUGUGCUUCGGUUGGGCAUGGGGCCUCUUGACAAUGAAAGCUGCUCUUGCUGCACGUCCAGAGGCCGAGACGCAGCAGUCCCUAAAGGCACUUCAACAAACUGCUGCUGCACAGGCAAAUCAAACGGGGCAGCCGGCCGCGUGGGAAGCUCAAGUACUUGUACACGAAGGAUUUAUGCUGGAUGCCCGUGUCACGACAGUCUUCUAUGUCAUGUCUUGCGUCUUUAUAUACGCCCUGUGUAGGAUACGCAUGAAGAAUGCGAAAUUUGUCCUGCUGCAGCUAUUUGGUAUCAUAUCCGUGGACAUCUUCUUACUUAUUGGUCCUACGCUGCCAACGUUUACGGCGGACCUGGGCACCGUUCUGGUGAAACCGGCUGCCGUUGGAAUUGCGUUAGGCUCGGCGUGUUGCUUGAUCUUCUUCCCGCAGUCAACGUCAUAUGCUGUAUUGGAGAAGAUGGAGAAGUUGGUGCUCCUACAGGGAAUUGCUGUCAGCACGACCAAAAAGCGCCUUGGUGACGAUGAGGUAUCAGUAACCGAGUUAGUAGAAGCAAAGGGCAAAACCAUGGCUUUAUACAAGGCGAUGGAACCGGCUCUUGCCUUCUUGCCACUCGACUUUUCGCGUGGUCGAUGGAACGCAGAGGAUGUGAAGGGCCUGCAGGCGCGUGUCAGAGAUAUCAUGACUGCGAGUUUGUCCCUGGUUGACUUUCACAUUUCUCGAAUCAAGGUGAUUGAGAAGGAGGAGAAGCUGGAGCAGCAUCACAACGCCGAAGAGAAGAAGGGUCUGGACAAGCCCAGCAUAGGCAGGCACCAGAUGCAGGAAAGUUCAGACCUGUUGCAUGCGCUUCGAAGCCCGGAACUCGGUGAAGUACGCGAUCGAACAAAGGCAGCACUCUUUGACACAACUGCCGAAGUGUUGCAGGUUUGCUCCGAGUCUAUCAAAUCAGUCGCCAAGUGCAUCAGCACUGUCAACAGACAUCGAUGGAUAGGUCAGCCUUCAGCGCAGUCGUUUGAUGAGCUGGCGCAAGAAUUGCAAACAGAACUGGAUGCCCUGCGCUCUUCCAGAGAUCUGUGCAUUACAAACACGACUGAAAAAGUCCUCGACACGCACCGGGAUUUAUUCGAUGCCAAGGGUGAACUGAAGAGCCCUGGUGACGGGGGAGCUCGACUGCUUCGAGGGAUAGUUGUAGCCAUGGUUAUUGAAGAACGAAUAAUCGGCAUGGCGACGGCAAUAGAAAAGUUGCUCGAAUAUGUUCUACACCUCAUGAAUACUCGGAAGACACACCGCAUCUGGGUUCCCCUGCGCAUUCGCUAUGCCUUCACUUGGUUGCUAGACGGGAGACUUUCCGUCCCAGUAUCCGGCACGACUACUGAUGCAGCCAACGAUCCAGACAGCACCACCGACCCGGUUCUCCUUCACGAUCAAGCGGAAGAGGCGCAUAGACGUCUCCGUGUAAGCCGUGGGGACUAUGUCAGACCUCGCAAGAAGUCAGCCGUCACGCGAGCACUUAUGGCUACAUUCCGCUGGCUAUUCAACCCUGCUGGUUUAUACGCCCUCCGGAUGGUCAUUGUGACAGUUGCGACUGCUAUACCCGCCGCUAUCCCCAGCUCAGCCGGGUUCUUCUAUCGCGAAAAGGGAAUCUGGGGCGUCAUCAGUGCCCAGACCUGUUUACUGCCGUACAUGGCCGACUUUACAUUCUCAGUUGUAUCUCGUGGACUUGGUACCGUCAUCGGCGGCGUAAUGGGAAUGGUAGCAUGGUACAUCGGAUCUGGAUCUGGCGUUGGAAACCCCUACGGACUAGGUGCCAUAUCCGCCUUGAUGAUCUUGAUUCUUCUGUGGUGGCGAAUAUUCCUCCCUCCAGCCUUCGCCCAAGCUAGCAUCAUGGCCGGCGCAACCUACGCUCUCGUAGUCGGCUUCAGCUACGACCACUAUCACAUUACACAGUAUGGUCUCCCGGGCGUGGGCUACGAAGCAUUCUGGAAACGACUCGUCACCGUCCUCCUCGGCUUCCUCGCCUCAUGUAUCGUCCAGCUAUUCCCCAAGCCACCCUCCGCCGCAAACCACGUAUGCAAGACACUCUCAAACACCGUCGGCACACUCGCAGACCACUACGCACUCCUCCUAUCCCACUGGGGCCUCGGCCAACAGAACAGCCCUCUGAGCACAGUAGCCGAACAGAUAUCCCUCGACGUUGCUGAAACGCUCGUCUCGCUCGACGGCGCCAUCGCCUUGCUCAAGAUGGAGCCCAGCUUCGGCCACUUCGACCAGUACACCCUCCGGGAGACGCAAAAGCUGUGCCUCGCGAUGAACCAGUGCCUCGGGCGGCUGCUAGACUUGUCGAGUUCUCUCCCAAAGGAGCAUCAGGACCGCUUCAGCAACGUAGUUGGUUUUCUUGACGACCACGUAAUCGGCGAUAUUAUGGCCGUGCUUGGUGUGGUGAGAUUGUCUCUCAAGACGGGCGCCCCUUUGCCGGAGAGGCUGCCUGCGCCGUUGAUUCGGAACUUUUACACGUGGUGGCAUGAUAAACACCGUACUGCUAUGUUGAGCACGAGCUUGAUCCGGAAUGAGAAUUACAGACGGUAUUGUGUUGCUGUGUCUGCUUAUUUGAGGUUUUUGUCGGCGGUGGAUGAUUUGGUGUUGGUUGUGAAGGGGGCGGUGGGCGAGUGUCAUGUUGUGAGGCAGUGGGAUGAUGUGUAA